AUGUCGACAUCCCUCCAAUCUCUCGGCCGCUGGCUCCGGCUCAAGCAGUAUCAGAUCGAAGUCACCUUUGGUGUCUAUAUCUUUACACCGAUUGAGAAAUUCGUCUUCUGGUCUGUCGUUUUCCUCCUCUUCAGCCUGACUAUCAUCGCCACCAUGCUCUACCUCCCGCAACACAUCGUCUUCGUGCUGAACCGCGCCCUCUUCUAUGCCUACGGCGACGAUAGCGGCGUCGAGCACGUGCUGGGUGGGCUGGCCAAGAACGGCGCUGUGGCGAUGCAGCAGACGGUUGAGAAGCUGGCUACUUCUACGGCGGACAGCGCUGCGGAAACGGUGGAGGGUUUGGUGAGGGAGUUGUAA